AUUUAAAUAACCGUGCGGGCGGCUUGAGAAGCCCAACAGCAAUUCUCCUCCUCUUUGGCUUACCUGACAGACACUAAAAUCAAAUCCCAAGAGGAGGAAUCGGUUUCCUCUCUGCUUGUUAAGGAUAUUAUGGACUUGAGGAUCGGGUUGUUGUUUCUUCUUGCUCUGGGUGCUGCUGGCUCCAUUGCGGCUAGACAAAUGGCAGCCACUGAGAUUUUUAGUACAACCGCAGAAACCUAUGAAAUAUCAGUUGAAAUAAUGGAAAACCAGGAGAAAGAAAAGGAAAUUCAAACAACAAACAACGUUACCAGGAAAGAUGAGGUGUGCACAUUGUGUGAGGAGUUUGCUUCGCAGGCACUUGAUUACCUGGCUGAAAACAAAACACAGACUGAAAUUCUUGAAAAGCUUCACAGAAGCUGUUCACAGUUGACUACUUUCGAGCAAGAGUGCAUCACUUUGGUGGACUACUAUUCUUCUAUUUUCUUCUCAUACAUUUCCUCAGUUCACUCUGAAGAUUUCUGUCGCAAAUUCAAUCUCUGUCAAGAAAUGAAAAUUUUCUCUGCAAAACACAAUGAUGAUAGCUGUAGCAUUUGCCAACGUGCUAUUUCAGAAGUAUUGGUCAAGUUGAAAGAUCCUGACACAAAGCUGGAAAUAAUUGAGUUGCUUUUGAAGGCAUGUAACUCCAUGGAGAAAUAUGCUAAUAAGUGCAAAAGGAUGGUUUUUGAGUAUGGUCCCGUGAUCCUUACCAGUGCAGAGCAAUUUCUUGAAACAACAGAUCUAUGUUCAAUGUUGCAUGCCUGUGAAGUGCCAGAAGACAACAUUGAGCAGGCUUCGAAGGUGCUAAAGGCUGAUUCAUAAACACGGCGCAAAAGACAAACUAGAAACAAAAUGCUCAUGUUCCAGGUGUGUGUAUGAUUAUUAUGCUUCCGUUGUAAUUAUAAUGCACUGUAAUUUCAAUUUAUGACUGAAAUCAUUUCAUCCUGUAAUAUAAAAAUCGUAGAUAUGGAAACUCAUUUAUCUACUCGGCACAACUUCUGGAUAAUCGAAUUGGGUUGGUUAGCGAACUU